AUGAUCGCCGCAAUAUUAAUUCCCGAACAGCACAAAAGCUGCUCGCAAUUUAACAGCUGCGCCGACCGAGGUAUCGAUCGUGAGCUUGAGUCAAUAUCCCCGAACAUCCUCAAAUCUUUUGCUAUGGAAAAGAACAACUGGGGAGACUACUAUUAUCAAAGAAAACGGCCAUCCGGCAAAAAAGCAUGGCUUCUUGAGGUCAUUCACUAUAUUAAUCAGUCUAUUCCGACAUUCAGUGAAAUCUUCGAUGAGGAAACGUUCUAUGUAUUUGCAUUCUUAGUUGUUGUGUCUUCUAUUCUCAUGGCGUUUAUUCUUUCAAAAGUCGUCGGAGUCACCAUAAAGGAACAUCACAUAAAUAUAAAUCGAGACUGGGGAGAUCCUCAACCAGCAAACCCAUUCAGAUUUCCAUGGAAAAUGAAGAAAGAAUAA